CUCAACUUCCUUCUUCCUCCUCUCAGUUCCAUUACCACAAACUUCACAAAUCCUCCUAAUUCCAAUCCAUUCAUCCAUGGAUUCCUUAUUUCUCUGAUUCUCUAACAAAAAUCCCAAACCUCAUUUCCCCACAUUACGUUUCUCUUUCUCCAAAAUGGCUAAUCUCAUUGCCAUGGCUCCUUUGUUUCUUCUCUGUUUCCUCCUCCCCUGUUUCUCCUCCGCCGCCUACGACUACGGCUCCGCCCUCACCAAAAGCCUUCUCUUCUUUGAAGCUCAGAGAUCCGGCUUCUUGCCACGUAACCAACGAGUUAAUUGGCGUUCUCAUUCUGGUCUUCAAGAUGGAAAAGCCAGUGGAGUGGAUUUGGUGGGAGGAUAUUACGACGCCGGCGACAAUGUGAAAUUUGGAUUGCCAAUGGCUUUCACUGUGACGAUGAUGAGUUGGAGUAUUUUGGAAUACAGAGCUCAAUUGGCGGCCAGUGGGGAGCUUGGCCAUGCCAUGGAUGCUGUUAAAUGGGGGACUGAUUACUUCAUUAAAGCUCAUACGGAACCCAAUGUUCUGUACGGCGAGGUGGGAGAUGGGAACACUGAUCAUUACUGCUGGCAGCGGCCGGAGGAUAUGACUACCGACCGCCGGGCUUACCGGAUUGAUCCGAGUAAUCCCGGUUCGGAUCUCGCCGGAGAAACUGCCGCCGCCAUGGCUGCUGCUUCUCUCGUCUUCCGCCACUCUAAUCCUGCUUAUGCUAACACCCUCCUCAACCACGCCUAUCAGCUGUUCAAUUUUGCGGAUAAAUACAGGGGCAAAUACGACAGUAGUAUUACAGUAGCUCAGAAGUACUACCGAUCUGUCAGUGGAUACAAUGAUGAAUUGCUAUGGGCAGCGGCAUGGUUAUACCAAGCAAGCAACAACCAGUACUACCUCAAAUACCUUGCUGACAACGGCGAUUCCAUGGGCGGCACCAGCUGGAGCAUGACGGAAUUUAGUUGGGACGUCAAAUACGUUGGUGUCCAAACCCUAGUCGCCAAAUCCUUCCUUUGUUCUUGCUUGAGAAAAGGGAGUCGAAAUGUUCAGGUUACCCCCGGCGGCCUCAUUUUCCGACAGAGAUGGAACAAUAUGCAAUUUGUUACCACCGCCUCCUUCGUCGCCACCGUCUACGCCGAUUACUUGACCUCCUUUCACAGCUCCAUGAAGUGCCCCGUCGGCUAUGUUCAACCCUCUGAGUUACUCACUUUCGCUAAAUCUCAGGUGGACUACAUUCUUGGCGACAAUCCAAGAGCCACAAGCUACAUGGUAGGAUACGGCAACAACUUCCCCCGCCGUGUCCACCACCGUGGAUCCUCCAUCGUUUCCUACAAACUCAACUCCAAAUUCAUAGGCUGCCGUGAAGGCUACGCCACUUGGUUCAGCAAGAAAACCAGCGACCCCAACACCCUCGUCGGAGCUCUCGUCGGCGGCCCCGACGCCUAUGACAACUUCGCCGAUCAAAGAGACAACUACGAGCAAACAGAGCCCGCCACUUACAACAACGCCCCUCUUUUAGGCAUCUUAGCUAGAUUCCACGGCGGCCACUCCGGUUACGACCAGCUUCUUCCGGUAGCCCUUCCGCCACCUCCCAAAACAAACCCAAUUACCCAAAAACCCUCUCCUUCUUCUCCCUCCUCCUCCUCCCCUGUUGUGAUUGUGCAGAGAGUAACGAGUUCAUGGAAGGCCAAAGGCAGAGUUUAUUACAGAUAUUCCUCUGUUAUUACAAAUAAAUCAUCAAAAACAGUGAGGAAUCUCCGGAUUUCGAUUUCUAAGCUUUAUGGACCUUUAUGGGGGCUAACAAAAUCUGGGAAUAUCUACACUUUUCCUAAAUGGGUGGGUUCAUUGGCGCCACUGAAAAGUAUGGAGUUUGUGUAUAUUCACUCUGCUUCACAAGCAAAUGUCUCUGUUUUAGGGUACAACUUGGGUACUUGAAGAAGGGUUUUUCAUUUUUGUUGUGUGAUUUGAUGAUAACUGUGCAGAAUUGAAAAACGGGGAUUGGUUUUGAAUAAGGAAUUGGAGGAAGAAAGGAGUGAAGAGACGAAGAAGUUUUUUUCUCUUGUUUGCUCAUCCUCUUUCUCUCCUCUGCUUGAUUUAGUGGAUGGUUUUUGGGUUAGGGAAUUGUUGAAACAGAGACAGAGAGGGUUUUGUUUUCGAAGGGUAAUGGUUCAGAAAGGAAGAAAGGGAAAGGAAGAAGCUUACUUAUUGUUAUUUUGUUUUGUGUAACUCAAAAGAAAAAAAAAAGUAUAUUUUACUUUCAUUGUAAUUGGAUAGACAAAUUUCAAAGUUCUUUCCCCCUCUUUUUGUAUUUUCAUGUUGUAAUCUUUGCAGCAUAAUUUUAUUUCUCACAUUAUAAAUUCAGCUUUGCAACAAA